GAGGAGAACACGCACUAGGUGGCGCUGGCUCCUGUGCAUACACGUGACACUGCACCCACUGCGUCACUCUCUUCCGGAAGUCCCGAUCUGAUCGCAGCGGUUUCCGGUGACAGUGGCCCUGUUGCUAUGGAUACAGCAUAGCAUAAUCAUUUUCUUGGACCAUAGAUAUGGAGGAUGUUCUGGAGCUGGGAGAGAGCCGGAGGUCCACGGGAGUGAAGAUGGGGCGUCGUGCCCGGGCUUCCCGAGACACCCAGCAAGAAGAGAGUGAUGCGUCCCGCAACACGUCUGCAAGAGAGGGUCCACCCAAGCCUCUGCGACAAGGCGGAUGGGCUGAUGACUCUUCGGGGACCUCAAGGUCUGGAAAACGUGGCAGUCAGGAUAUGGAAGACAGCCGUUUGAGACAGCAGAGUCUGGAGGAGUCAGACGAGGGUGAAGACAUCCCCGUGAUUCCAGACCUGGAUGAGGUGCAGGAGGAAGACUUAGCGUUACAGGUCGCUGCCCCGCCCAGUGUCCAGGUGAACAGAGUAAUGACCUACAAGGACCUCGACAAAGACCUAAUGAGACACGCGGCCUUCCAGACCCUGGAUGGCGAUGUUGAUCUCAAGCUUCUAACCAAAGUUCUGUCCCCAGAACCAGAGGUGCGAGAGGAGGACACGCGCUGGGAUUGGGACCUGCUGUACACAGAGGUCUCCUCAGAGCUGCUGACAGAAUGGAAUGUGGAGAAGAUGGAGGACGACAGUCUGGUCAGCUGACCUUCGAGGCCGCCAUCUUUCCGUGGACAUUUCCAGACAUCCUCUGUGUGUGCAUCAGAGGUGAAUCUGCUGGACCACCAAGGAGCAUCGUGUUCACCGUACAGAUCCAUCCGAAUAACUUGUAAUACUGUAAUGUGUUGUACAGUAGUUCUGGCACGGCCGUGGUCAUGUAUGUCGGCUGGUCCGGCUGUAUGUCUGCUCACACUCACUAUGAAUAAAUGGUAACUGGUUGAAUAA